AGGGGAGGCAACCCUCAUGGUUUUGGCAACAAGUGAGAGAAAUACUCCUCUAGUUUUAGUGUGAGAAAAGGGUUUCUCUUAGGAGUUGAGCUUCUUCUUUUGGUAAAAUGGGUUCCAACAAAGGAGUGGGGCUUGUUUUUCUAGGCUUAGUUGUAGGGUUUUUUGGGGUGGGUAGGGCACAAUUGAGUGCCACCUUUUAUGAUACCACUUGCCCUAAUGUGAUUAGCAUUGUGCGCAACGUUGUUCAACAAGCUGCCCAAUCAGAUGCGCGCAUAGGAGCCAGUUUGAUUCGUCUCCAUUUCCAUGAUUGCUUUGUUGAUGGUUGUGAUGGUUCGUUGUUACUGGAUAGUACCUCAACCAUUGAUAGUGAGAAGGACGCCUUCCCUAAUCAAGCCUCAGCAAGAGGUUUCCCUGUGGUGGACGACAUAAAGACUGCCUUGGAGAGCCAGUGUUCCGGAGUUGUGUCUUGUGCUGAUAUCCUUGCCAUUGCUUCCGAAGUUGCAGUUGUUUUGGCUGGAGGUCCAGAAUGGAGUGUUCUACUUGGGCGAAGGGACGGCACUACGGCGAACAGAGCUGGGGCUAACAGCAACCUUCCGGGCCCCCGGGACGGCCUUAGCAAUAUUACCCGCAUGUUUUCCAACCAAGGACUUGACACCACUGAUGUCGUAGCCCUCUCCGGAGCACACACGUUUGGGCGAGCCCAGUGCCAAUUUUUCAACGAUCGCUUGUACAACUUUAACAGUACCGGAGCACAAGACUCCAGUAUGGACUCUGCAUAUGUGACAAGCCUACGCGGUUCCUGCACCAACUCUACAGAUGACACCACUCUAUUUGACCUAGACCCUACCACUGCAGAUGGAUUCGAUAACAACUACUAUACCAACCUCCAGAGCAAUCGUGGCUUGCUCCAGUCUGAUCAAGAGCUUUUCUCCAUAGACGGUGCCACCGUCCCUAUCGUACAGAGCUUUGCUAGUAGCCAGAGCACUUUUUUCGAUAGCUUUGUGAAUUCCAUAAUAAAAAUGGGUAACAUAAGCCCAUUGACAGGAACCAGUGGCGAAAUACGAUCGAAUUGCAGGAGGGUCAAUGGUGGUCAGAUUCAAAAAUAAUCGAUCCGUUUAUGCUUCGGCAACCAAUACUUGUUCUAGUAAAAAGGGUAAUUUUGCCUUUGUUUUUCUUUGUAUUUUGUUACUACAUGUGUGGCUCUAUAAGUUUUUGGGCCAGGCAUAAGCUUAGUCUUGAUGAAGUUUCACAGUUGUAGCUUCUGAGACUAAGCAAAUGAAAUAAUGAUAUAACAAUAACAGAAAUAAGAAGCAUGAUAUUUAAGUUUGUGGUA